AUGGAAGGAGGAUUGGCUUUCCACUCGGGCUUGGGGCGCGCUCACACUUCUCACCAGGUCGUCUCCCAGUCCGCCGCCCACGCCCACGCCGCCGCUGCCCACAACCGCAUCGCCAGCACCACCGGGCCGCCCGCCCUCAUGUCCCACCAGAGCUACCAGAGCCACCAGAGCCAGUACUCGAGCUACUCGCACAGCAGCGCCCGCGACACCCAAAGCACCCAGGCCACCUCGACGAGCACGCUGUUCGGGGGCCAGCCGCCGCCCACCUUCGCCAGCAGCACCCCCGUCAAUGGCGGCCCCGUCGAGGCGAGCGACAAUGUCCUCAACAAGCGCGCCGACAAGGACACCUCGCUGUUCCAGCGCUGUCUGCAGCUGCAGAUGCGCCUGCGCCUGAUCCCCGGCUUCAAGGAGUGGAUGGCCGAGGAGGAGGACAAGGCCGACGACGAUGCAGACCCCGUGACGCUGCUGUGGAGGACCUUCCGGAGGGGCUAUCCGCUGAUGGAGCUGUACAACGCCCUCGAGCCCCGCACCCUGCUGAGCAUCCCCAACUCCAAGACGGACGAGAAGAGCCUGAAGAAGAACGAGAAGAUGGCCACCUACCGCUUCAUCCAGAGCUGCGUCGGCGAGCUCGGCAUCCCCCAGGAGAGCUGCUUCAUCCUCGGCGACCUGUACGGCGACGACACGACUGGCUUCGUGAAGGUCACCAACGUCGUCAACCGCGUGCUGGACUCGCUUGUUGCCAUGGGCAAAAUCGACGCCGCCCAGGCCUCCAUUGGCGACCUUGCCUCCACCACCAAGCGCACCCAGCGCGAGCACAUCAUCGACGAGCUCGUCAAGACGGAGCGCACCUACGUGCAGCACCUGGAGCUGCUGCAGGAGUUCAAGAAGCUCGUCGAGGAAAAGGGCGUCAUCAGCGGCGACCAGGUGCACGACAUCUUCCUGAACCUCAAUGCCCUGCUCGACUUCCAGCGCCGCUUCCUCAUCCGCGUCGAGCAGACCAACGCCCAGCCGCCCGAGGAGCAGAACUGGGGUAAUCUAUUUGUGCUCUACAAGGAGGCCUUCAAGGUCUACGAGCCCUACAUUGCGAACCAGAAGAAAUGCGAGCAGAUUGCCAUGCGCGAGUUUGAGAAACUCAAGGAGACGGGAGGAUCACCCGAGAUGCGCCAGAUGGUCGAAUCUCCGACGCUGCUCACCGGACAGCAAUUGCGCGACAAGGGUGACCUGGACGAGGGGCGCCGCGACGACAUCUCCCGCGGCAUCGAAGCGGCAUCUUCCGUCCUCGCGGGCACCAAUGAUGCCAUCGCCCGCGAAGAGCGCGUCGAGGCUGUAGAGGAGCUCAAGACGCUUGUCGAGGACUGGAAAGGCCACCGAAUCGAAGGCUUUGGCGAUCUGCUCCUCUAUGGACAGUACACAGUGCUCAAGGGCGAGAGCAUGUCCUCGAAGAAUGAGGAGCGCGAGUACAAGAUCUACCUAUUCGAAAUGAUUCUGCUCUGCUGCAAAGAGAUCAAUGUCAACAAGCCCAAGAACAAAAUGUCUACGAGGACACUCGUUACCAAAGACGGAAAGCCGAAGCUGCAGCUCAAGGGCCGCAUCUUCAUGCAGAACGUCACCGAAACCAUCUCUCUACAAAAACCAGGAUCGUACACAUGCCAAAUAUUCUGGAAAGGCGACCCUGGCAUCGAGAACUUUAUCAUCCGCUUCCCGACCGAGGCAGAAAUGAAGCAGUGGGCGACUCAGGUCGACAUGCAGCGACGUGUAUGGAAGGACCAGGCGCGAGCAAGCGCAAGCACGACUGCCUCAAAACCAUCAGAUACCCAAUUUGCAUACAUGCGCGACCAAGUCCUGGAGAAUCCCUACCGCGAGGAUGAGGCAGACGACGACGAGGAAGAUGUCGACCCACUUACCGUCUACCCAAGAGAUAGUUAUAGGAAUAUGCAGAACAGCUCAGCGGCAUCCAUACGGUCCCGAUCGACGACUGGCGAAAGCGAAGCACCGCCCCGCUUCCCCAUGGGCAGUGCCGGCCCACCACUGAGCUUGCGCACUCAGCAACUGCAAUCUGGUGGCAAUCAGGAGUCUUACUUUUCGCCCACGGCCGAGACGCCCAUGUCAACCUACUCCAAUGCCAGGACAAGCUCAGCUUCUGCGGGUACUUUCCCCUUUCCACGGCAGCAACCGCCAAACAGCUAUAAUCAUGAAGAGAACAACCGUUACACAGCGCCUGCACAGACCCGGAAUGGCUCCCCAGCGAUCCAGCGAGAUCGCCUUAUCCAGCAACGCACCGCGGCUGAGCUAGCUAACACCGACUACCACGGAGCACCGCAACUACGAGCUCAAAACUACGCACCGUCUCUGCCCCGCACAAUGACCCCGGCGUCUUCUUUCGAGCGAAGUCAGGGCACAUUGACUCCAGCAUCCAUGGAUUCUAGGAAUAUGUCGCCACCACUAUCGCAACAGGACUCGAAUAUACCCACACAAUUGAAGGUCAAGGUGCACUGCCCCUCGGCUGGCAGUACGAUGGUUUUGGUCGUCAGCACAAACAUUAGCUUCCAAUCACUAAAAGACCGAAUCGAUGCGAAGCUUCAGCGGUCAACGUCAGUCUCGUUGGGCUCUGGACAAGUCAAGCUCAAAUAUCUCGACAGCGAAAACACGUAUGUCAGCAUACAAUGCGACGAUGACGUGCAAGAAGCUUUUGAAAACUGGAAAGAGCAGCAACGAGACAUGAACCCCGGCGGCGGCCAGAUUGGUGAAAUUGAACUUUUCUGUCAACGAUGA